CAUUUCACCAACAACUUGCAUCCUGCCACAAGACUUCUCAACUUUCUCUCGUGCGGCCAUCAGUAGCCACCGCCAUCGCGCUGGACAAUGCCAGGUGUGACGACACACGGACAGCAAGUGACCGAGUAGCAUGAGUGGCAGUAGUGGCAGUAGUGGCAGUGACAGUGACAGUGGCAGUGACAGUGACAGCACUCGCCUCACGUGGGCGCAACAGUUGGUGUAGGCGGGCGAUGGAGGUUUUAAUUGUAAUCACAAAGCUGGCGUGAGGCGCAGACAACUCGCUGCACGAGACGGAACAAACAUCGCAAGGGACCUCUGCCGUGACAUUACUUCCUAAGUGUUGUGACGUAAGCAUGUUCAACUUUGACCCAUGGACCUGUGCUGAGAACCUCCCGGCGCACUGCAGGUAACGGCGCCACACGUUGUGACGUCAGCUACGCCGCUGCACACCGACAGACUUCUGUUGAGCAGCUUUGCAUGAGAUACCCGGCGAACCCUGUAGGCAAACCCUGUAGGACCUCAGAGGUUUCAGCACAAAACUCCGUCCAUCUUACUUCACGUCGUCGUCGUCGUCGUCGAUACAGAGGUGUCAGCUGCCACUGAGUAGACCGUCGUUGCUGUACAGCAUCUGUCAGUAAGUGCCCAGCAGGUAUUUCAACAGCCGACCUGUGUCUGACCACCCAGAUACCGACCUGUCCUGUGCAACCAGCUGAGACAUUCCUAGAACUCUGAUGUUCCUGAAAUAAACUUGUCUUUGCAUUCCACCGAGACUGUUGAGGGAAGCCAUCACUGUCCACGCAUCGUCUGCACAAAUAACAUUCACACUUUACACCACCAUCCAGAGACUUGCUCGUCUCACCUGUAGACUGCCCACCUGUACAUCCUGUUCACCACUCACCCUCACUCACCUGUCACCAUGACUCCGGGACUGGGGGCCGAGCCGCUGGUGGACGGAACACCCACUCACCUGGUGGAGCGCAAGAAGGAGGUGCCGGAGAGAGAGAGCUGGGGCAAGAAGAUCGACUUCCUUCUCUCCGUCAUCGGCUUCGCCGUGGACCUGGGCAACGUGUGGCGCUUCCCGUACAUCUGCUACAAGAAUGGCGGAGGUGCCUUCCUCAUUCCCUACCUGACGAUGCUGGUGUUCGGCGGGCUGCCCUUGUUCUACAUGGAGCUGGCACUCGGGCAGUUCCAGCGCUGCGGCUGCUUCACCCUGUGGAAACGCAUCUGCCCCAUGCUCAAAGGGAUCGGCCUGGCCAUCUGUGUGAUGAACACCUUCGUGGCGUGGUACUACAACACCGUCAUCGCCUGGGCCGUCUACUUCUUCUUCGACUCCUUCCGACAGGUGCCACCAUGGCUGAGCUGCAACAACACCUGGAACACGCCCAACUGCACCACCUUCGAGCAGCGCAUCGUCGCCACGGCGCCCACCUGCACGCCAGAGUAUUUCAACGCCAGCGACGUCAGUUGGAACAUCAACACCACCGACCGCUACCUGCCGGAAGUAGGAGAUGACGUCACAGUCAACACGACGUCCAACGGCACGCACGUCAUCCGGUGGCUGUGCAGGGAAUCGCUGGCGGCCUUGGAAGACAAGAACGCGGAGUCCGUCUACUCCACCGCGGCCUCCACUGAGUUCUUUGAGCGGAAGGUGCUGGGCAUACAGUACGCAGACGGCAUCUCCAGGCUCGGCAACGUCAACUGGUCCAUCGCGCUGGCGCUGCUGGGAGUCUUCCUCCUCGUCUACUUCGCCCUGUGGAAGGGCAUCAAGAGUUCCGGCAAGGCGGUGUGGUUGACGGCCACCCUGCCCUACCUGCUGCUGUCCAUCCUGCUGGUGCGCGGCUGCACGCUGCCCGGGGCUGUGGACGGUGUCACCUACUACCUCAAGCCGCAGUGGGGGAAGCUUCUAGAGCUGGAUAUCUGGAUAUCAGCGGCCGCUCAGAUCUUCUUCUCCCUGGCGCCUGGCUUCGGCGUGCUGCUGGCCCUCUCCAGCUACAACAAGUUCCACAACAACUGCUACAGGGACGCACUCAUCACCAGCGCCACCAACUGUCUGACCAGCUUUCUGGCCGGCUUCGUGGUCUUCUCUGUGCUGGGCUACAUGUCCUUCGUGCAACGCAGACCCAUCGAGCAGGUGGCGCGAAGAGAUGUCGGCCUCAUUUUUGUCGUGUAUCCGGAAGCUGUGGCGACGAUAGGAGGAGCCUCGUUUUGGGCCAUCAUCUUCUUCUUCAUGAUCGUGACACUAGGUCUCGACACCACAUUCGGCGCUCUAGAGGCUGUCAUUACGGGUAUCAUGGACGAGUACCCGAUGCUGCGCAGGAAGAGAGAGCUGUUCGUUGCCGGCAUCAUCGCCUAUUGUUUUCUGGGUAGCCUGGUGACCACUACGUAUGGUGGUAUCUACAUGGUGCAGCUGUUCGACACCUAUGCUGCCCCCAUUUCCAUUCUUCUAGUCGUCUUAGAGGCCGUCGCUGUCACCUGGAUCUACGGUGUGGAGAGGUUCAGCAAGGACAUAGAGAGCAUGCUGGGAUCGCCACCUGGCAUCUUCUGGAGGGCCACGUGGACCUACAUCAGUCCCAUCUUCUUGUUGACUCUCUUUGUACUAUCGCUAACGAGCUCACCGCCACCCGAGUACGGUAACUACACCUACCCCAACUGGUCCCUCAUCGUCGGCUGGCUCAUCGUCUGCUCCUCGCUCACCUGCAUUCCCAUCUACAUCGUCGUCCACUUCUUCUCUCUCAGCGGAUCUUUCACAGAGCGCUUGCGACAAAUGAUCAAACCCGUGGAGGUCCCGUCGCACCUGCCGCAGAAGCCCGGGGGGCCGGUGUUCCUGUAGACAGGGGAGACAACUGCUGAUUGAUUGCAGUGCUGGCAACAAGCGCUGAGCUCCCUUGGCCCGUCACCGCCAGCAUCGUCUUGUCCUUGUGUUCCGUCUCUUUGUCUUCUAUAAACAAAGCUUUAUUCUUUACUGGGAGAUAUUUCAGUCUGAGUGAAGUUACUGCAUGGUAAGCAAUCUGUGUAAAACGUAAAAUUGAAAAUCUCGAGUUUAUUUGUAAUUUUAUGUGACGACAGCAAGUGAAAGGCAUCAGCAUUAGAGAUGGUUGACAUACUUGUAGUUCCUGCAUCUGAAACUGACCUAAAAACCUAAGCUGUCACAAUUCCACGUAGGUAACAGAGAGCCAAUAUCCACAUGCCUUACCUUGAGUGCAUUGUAACCUGAAGUGUUAGAGGAUGUGUUCGCGCUCUGCGAUGCCGAUGCCAUGCAUCUUGUCUGGAGAGGGCACAGACAUCAGUGGGCACAGACAUCAGUGGGCACACAAAUAAGCACCGCACCUUGUUUUUGUCAUCUAAAGAUUUCAUUUGCUAUGGCAUAGAAAGAUUCCUGUAUUAUUUUUAUGUUUUCUCUGCUGGUCUUAUCAGAUGUUUCUGAGGAAUUGCCACACUCCUUCGGUGGCAUUUCAUUCUCAGACUUCUGUUACUUUGAUCAAGCCGAAGCUUACUAAUCAGCAGUUAGAGGUGACAUGUUUUCAAGUGUCCUUGAGCAUUUUUCUUGAACACACAAAUGAAAAUGAUGCUUGAAAUAUUUGUGGAUUUCUCGUGAAACCCAAUCAGUUUUUUUCAUUUAUGUGCACAUAUUUUCUCAAUAUUUUUCGACUCUAAUAUCACGAGAAAAUAGAAGAAAGCAUAAUUUUAAUUCUUUUUAACCUGUUUCAAUACUUUAGGAUUGGGUGAGGGAUAGCUGUACAACUUCUUUGAUUUUUACUGACAUUUGUAAUAAAACGCAGUUACAGCACAGCUGGAGCGUGACAAGUUAAAGCACAGCUGGACUAUGACAUAUCCUCUUUUUUCAUGCCUGCUCCCCCUCCAAUAGUACAGUUGAAACAGCUCAUCACUGUUUCCUCCGCCUUCUUGACUCCUCAACACCCGGCCACCCGGCCACCCGGCCACCCUUGCCUUGUCGUUGAAGACAGGAGCCAGCGCCAUCUGCAGUCGAUGUUUGUCCCUCUCCACGUGUCAUCAUGUCGGAGAUGCAUUGUGAAUUACAAAUGUGUUCAUGUCCUGCUGCAUGUUAUUUUUUGUAAAUUUGGUUUGGUUUGAGGUUGUUUAUUUUUGUCAAUAUUGAAACUGUGAGCAAAGUGCACGUGUCAAAUGUUGAUGUCUGCUUGUUCGAUCACAUUUAUCUCCCCUAGAUUUCGGAACCUAUCGGGUAUCACUUGGCGACUCGCGUCUCUGGUGUCGCUAACAACUGAUUUAUGACAAUUAUUUGUCCUUUUGUUGAGGAGGCCGCUGUGUAGACAGGUCGUGUAGACAGUGCCAGUGACAAGCACCAGUCUAGGAGAGACAUCACGUGACUGUGACACCAGAGUUGUCUGCACACUGUACAUCUGUAAGACAGGUUUCUUUCUUCCCACCGGUAACGACUGGCUACUGUUGUCAUGGUUACUACUGGCCUGUUGUAGUGUGACUGUAGGAAGGUCUGGCCUCGGUUUCGUUGCUGCAUGUCCACCAAGGCUGCUGUCUGCAGGUGUGGGUCGUGGCGUCGUAGCGAUGUUAGCAAGUUCUUCACCGCAGUGAGUGGCACGCCGGCCAAAUGAACGGCCUGCAAUCCAGUGAACAGCAUCUGCCAUAACGCUUUUCUCGCUUGACUAUUUCCGAGUUCGUCUUGAGUGUCUCAUCGCUUCAACCGUCAUCCAGGGAAGUGGUGAUCUGCUCUUUGUUCUCGUCUCCCAGUGACUUAGCACACCUGUUGACACCUGUUUGUCCCUAGUAUGUUACUGCCAGCCUUGUCUACCUGACUUGUUACCCGAUACUGUUGGUUUUGUUGUUGAUGAGAAUGGCCUGAGGCCUGCUGCUGCAGUUGUGCAUCCUGUGUGUGGUUGUACGACAUCCACGUGAUGGCCACGUAGUGUGCACGCGAGGACCAGUGAAAGUACAUUCGUGAUGUCAUCGCCUAGCUUUGUGAUGUACAUAGCAGGACUUUGUAUGUGCAUAGGAUAUCAUCAGGUACACGGGGUAGUAUUGCCAUGUGCACAGGAUAUCAUUACAGGAUAGUAUUACCAUGUACACAUGAUGAUAGCGCCAUGUACAUAGACAAGCUUUGAAUGAAGUCUUCUGUUUUCUGUUAGUUCCGACAUUUGCUGCAAUGCAGAUGUGUAUUUAGCAAUACAUUGUACAGGAGUCUAGUGCUGUCAGUGCUGCAAUAGUGUACACAGCUGUAGUGCUGCUGCUGCUGCUGCAAUACUGUACAGCAAUCUAGUGCUGCUGCUGCUGCUGCAGUGCUGUGUGGCGGGUAGAAGCCGUUUAGCUGAAGACGUUUGUUUGCUGCCACUGACCAGCAAGCGACUGGUGUACUGUAGACAUGACCACGGUAGUCGUCACGCAGUGUACAUGUUAUUGUGACAAUAGUCGGUUGUUGAGACGACGGUGUUGAUGUAGGUACAGACGUCUUUCUUAGCCUCCGUGUUCUCUCGGACAGGUGUGUGUGUGAGUAGAGGGCAUGAAGGCAGUGCACCCGGCAAGUGAGGCUGACGGCAGACGCACCCUUAUCUCGCGUCUCUCUCCCACAGAGGACCUUGACCCAGGCGACAGCCACCCGUUAGAAGGGUUACAGCAACGUAGCCAAGAGCUACUACGUGACGUCACCUGACGUAGCUAUGAGUGACACCGUCACGGUUGACUCAAGGCCGCCCUGUUGUAACGGGAUGUGACCGUCGUCCUCUAGUUACAUCACAUGACUACUGCAUCCUCUAGUUACAUCACAUGACUACUGCAUCCUCUAGUUACAUCACAUGACUACUGCAUCCUCUAGUUACAUAGUGUGAAGACGGUGAGGCGGGCAGGCUGACAGCUGACACAAGUCAAUGAGGUGGGAGGGGGAGAAGAUGUAACGGUGCCAGUGACGUCGCCAGACCUCAAGGGGCGGGAGGGGGACGUGUGGUAACCGAGAGAACAGGAGAAGAGAACUCUUGUGUACUAAUCCUACUUGUUGACAUGUUUGUUGAAGACAUGCUAAAUGCGUUACAGUGUUGCUGUUGUUGUUGAUGUUCUUGUUCUUUAUACGUUUGUACAUCCAGGAGGUGACGUGCGCCCCUCAGCAAGAAAGCUAUUGAUUGCUGCCACGUCACCUCCUCCCUAGUGUGUAGUAACCAUGGAUGUAAUAAAAAGUAGAGUUGAGA